CAAAGAUAAGGCAAAAAUACUAAUGACCAUGUCUAUGUGUUACUUAGUUUAUACAUUUAAUGGUUAAUAUGAUUACAGUUGAAACUGUUUGCCCGAUGGUUCAACUCUUUAUACUCAACAAUCCUGUUUCAUCCACUAACUAACCUUGUUUGUAUCUAUGUCAAUUAAUUUCCUCCAUAUUCUGAUUCCGGAAAUAGGCUUGGCUCUCAUCUUCAUCAUCAUUUUCAUCGUCUUCUUUGACUUGUUAAUUAUACUGCAAAUAGAAAGUUAAUAAACAGUAACAGCAUUUAUUUGUGAGAAUCAUCAAUGCAUUAGUUAAUGUUUAUUUUAGUUUGGUUUAAUUUUAAAUUUUAACACGAGAUUAUGAGAAGUCAAUUUUUCGCACUUUAAUAUUCCCAAUUACUCUCAGAAUCCCUCUUUCUUAUUUGUUCAGUUUAAUCAAAUUUCACCUUUGAUCAUCCAAUGGAUAGAGUAAUUGGAUAACUUCGAUACAUUAUUCUGAAAAUUACCAAGUGUUACUGUAUUUUUCAAAAAGAGUUGCUUUAACAUCAUCUUAUGAUUUUAAAAAAUGAGUAAGCUGAGACCAAAUGUUUAAGCCAUAGAGAGGAUGAUUGAUAGGCAAAGACCCAGUCGGUUAGCCUCUGAGAGAGCGAAGGCUUUAUUCUUGGGCGAUGUUUCAAUCUCAAAGCAAUUGGAGAGGGAGGAAAGAGAUCUCAGGAAAGCUAUAAAACUCUCUCGGUUGGAAGCUCAAAGAGCUAAAAGGACGGAAAAUGAAGUUAAAAGUAUAAAAUCAUCACCACCAUCCUCUUCCUCAUCAUUAUCAAAGUCAUCUUCACCACAAAAAUCUCCACCACUGCCACCAACUACCAAAACAACCAAAACAACCGCAACUGUAACUGCCACCACCAAAACUGCCAGCCAAAAGCGCAAAAUGGGUAAACCCAAAGCAAUUGAGAUACCAGCAAAAAUAGCCAAGGGUUGCUGUAAAACUAUUAACCAGAUCAAAUCUUCAGCUGAAAAAAGGCCAAAGUCCAAUUUGAUUAUCAGGACCCGAAGUCAAAACAAUAACAACCCACCGAACAAUGCUGAAUAUCCAAAGUCAACCUGUGGAGUCAACAAUAUCAAUGGAAUCUCUUCACCUGUGGCACCAUGUGCCCUUCAAUUAGGAAAUGGCAAUUCUAUUAAUGGUUUGAAUCUAUUAAACGGUGCAAAUUGUGAUAAACCACGACCAAAGAUAAUGGCUCAAAGGAAAUUUGCAUCUAUUUCUUAUAAUGGCAAUACAUAUCUCAAGCCUCGUGAUACAGAUUUUUCAUCAAUGAAAGAAUUAUUCACAAAACACAAACCAUCAGCUGAAGAUUUCUUAACCUUUCUCUGUUUUAGAAGUACCAACUUGUUGCCUCCUCAUCUUGAUUUUUAUGCUCUCAACAAUAUUACCUCCAAAGACAGUAUAAACAUUUUAACCAAUGAUAUUACCACCGAUAAAACUGCCAACGAAACCGUUGAAUCAAAUUCAACAAUCAAAUCUCAUAAUCAUCAAUCCGAUCAAAGCAAUUUAUCUACCUCAAUGAAAACAAAUAAAGGACCAACAAACGGCAAAGUUCAAAUACGAAAGAGAGCAUCUGUUUCUGUUAACUGUAGUCGAAAAACUGAUGCAAAUGGAAGGAAAAAUUCAAAAGUUAAAAGAAAAGGCAAAGAUAAUCUGGUUAAUGGCAAUUUUAAUGUUAAAUAUACGGAAUUAACCAAAAAUAUUGAAGAUUUGAAGAAAUUGAAGACCGCAGAAAAGAAAAUAGGAGCCGGAGUUGCAACCAAGGCUUGUAACUCAGGAAGAAAGUCAAGUUCAGAUGAAAAUAGACCAAAGAAAUCAUCUGAUUUAACAUAUUCACAACUGAAAAGAUCUCCAAAUCCAUCAUCCACAUCUUCUCGCCACAAGUCUCAAACCAAAGUGAUAGUUUCUAGGCCUAAGAAAAAGGCUACCAAUGAUUCUCAGGAUGGUCAAGUUUCGAUUCAGCCAAUUUCCAACGGCAAAGUAGUUUCAAAACGAUCUUUGUCUCAGUCUGGAGUUUCUGAUAAUAACUCUGAAGACGUUAAAAAAAAGGUUAAAACAAAAGUUACCUGUGAUCGGAUUCUUCGAUCAACCCGAAAAUCUAGUUCAACAUCAAAUAAGGCUGCUCAUCAUAUCGAAGAAACCUGCCCAUCAAACGAAAGGCAAAAUUUGAUCACGAGUGAAAAUCCGGUGGAAAAUUUAGAUACUAAAGUACCUAUUAAAAGUGCAAUAAAUAAAAGUUCCGUGAAUAGUCCAAAGAAGAGGAAAAGGGCCGUCAAUAAUGGUGAUACUACAAAUAAUUGUCGUUCAUCCAAAGUAAAAGAAUCAAUGGCAUCGAUUUCGGUUCCAACAGAACCCCAGCAGUCAAAGAAAAAUGGACAAAUUAAAACGUUACCAUCAGAAACGAUACCACCUAAAGUGACCAUUAAAAUUAAUUCAUCUGCUCGUGUUGGAACCCGAAGUUGUACAAAAAGAUAGAACAAAAAAAUCAGAGAAAUCAGUUUUUUUGUCAUUUUUGUUUCAAUCUUUUUCUCGCCUUUCCGGGCAGGACUUUAUUCGCAAAGAUAGAUUUAUUUGUUUGCCUUUUAUAUUUUUUAUAUUUAUAACUAUUAAUGAGCUUGAAUCACUUGCACGCCGGCUUUUUCCUCUUCUCUGUUGGAUCUUUUCCAUCUUAUUUUCCUUAAUCCUUUCGCAGUAUCCUCCAAGCAGUAUAUUGAGCAUAUAUAUCUUGAUUAAUUAGUCGCUUUCUUCGUCAUCGUUCCUCAUUUCAAUUAAUUUAGAUUGAUUCAAGGGCUGUUCAACAUCAGACCUGUGGAUGGUUAUAAAUAUAAAAAAAAAUGUAUACAUAAAUUAACAGAUCGGUUAGAAAUGUGUAAAAACACCUUUUUUUAUAAAUUCAUAUUUAUUCACUUGAAAGAAAAACCAAUUUCUAAUUGUUAAUUCUCUCACUAUUUAAUACGUGUAACUAUUAACCAUCUGCAUGUAUUUAAACUAAAAAUUUAUAUAACUAAAGUAAAAAAUUUCUAAGCUUAA